AUGGAGUUAAUUCCUAAACCGAUUCAGGGUAGCUUAAAGAGGUGCUGGAGAAGACAACGAUACCAAAGACUCCAUGAUUCAAAAACGAGCCGAAAGAACUUAAAGAUCACGAGGCUUGGAGAUAGAGGCGCCCGACGUAGAGGUUGGAGAAUCAGAGCAAUUCCGAAGCUGCGGUGGAAGAUAGGCUCGCCUCUCAAACUUUGGAGCAUGCUAAAGAAUACUUACAUCAACAUGAUGGUUAACUUGGCCGGCAACGUAGGGUAUUUGAAUACUGCCAACGUCUUCGGAGCAAAACGGAUUCCAAAGGGUCGCCGCCAAGGUCCCUCAGUUUACACCGUUGAAGAAGUUGAGAACAGGCUGAUUUUCGAGAUUUAUAAGGUCUUGCAAGCUUCUCGAGAAGUAAGCACUGCCACAUAG